AUGCGAACCACACCCUCGGUGGUAGGCUUCAACAAUGAUCAGCGAUUAGUUGGCAUUCCUGCCAAACGGCAAGCAGUUACCAAUCCGGAAAACACAAUCUUUGCGGCCAAGCGCCUGAUUGGACGAACGUACGACGAGGAUGCAACACAGAAGGACAAGAAGAUUUUGCCUUACAAGAUCGUCAAGGCGGCCAACGGAGAUGCUUGGGUGGAAGCUGCCAGCCAGCAGUAUUCGCCUAGCCAAAUUGGUGCCUUCGUCCUCACCAAGAUGAUUCUUGGAGUGACAUGCUUCGGCAAGACAUGCAGCAGGUUAACGUGCAGUUGCAGCGUUGCUGCUGGCAAAGGGAGGAAGGAUGCUGGGAAGAUUGCUGGCAUGGAAGUUUUGAGAAUCAUCAAUGAGCCGACAGCAGCUGCAUUGGCAUUUGGGAUGGAAAAGAAGGAGGAUGGGCAGAUUAUGGCGGUCUACGACUUGGGGGGGUGGCACCUUCGAUAUCUCCGUGCUGGAGAUCUCCACCGGUGUCUUCGAGGACACGCUCGAGAUGGGACUGCUUCUUCCUCCCGGAGAGAUGCAGGAGGCCAUUCUGGGCGUAGAGCUGGUGAAGGAGUGCGCCGGCGCCGCCGCCGAAGGAUCCGAGUGGAAGGCUCGAGACAGCAGGCAACCGAGUUGGGGCGGCCAGAGGCUCUUGGUGAUGGGAGAGCUGGCGCCCUCGGUCCAGACGCAGCAUCCUUGAGGGAAGCAUGCAACGAGCACUUGGAAGAGCAAGAGCCGAUGAGCACGACAGCUGCUCAGGCUUCCUUACACCCGGCAACUCCAGGACCGACAGCAGGUCUCACUCUAGUUCUGGACUCACUUUUGGAUGAGGCCAAAUUGGGCCUGCACAGGUCUGCCAUUGCAGAAACCAUGGUGUUCUGUCUAGAGCAAGCGGCGCACGCACAGACCUUGGCUACCCAUUUGGCAGCUCGCUGUGUAUCAUCUACAGGGCCCAUAGGGGUACUCGAAUUGGCCUGUUUAUUUUGUAUUUCGGACAUUUUGCACAACACAGGCUAUGCUCACCGAUGCCCUGGUGCAAGCACCUACCGAUCAGCCUUUGAGGAGCUGCUUCCUGGCAUUUUUCACAGGUGGUAUGUGGGCCUGAGAGCUGCUGGGGAGAUCAGCCAGGGCGAGAGAAGUUAUGCAGAGAUGAAGCUCAGGCAACUUCUCAAGGCCUGGCGAUCCUCGGAUUUCUUCCCUACGCUCUAUCUUGAUGGUCUGGAGGCGGCUGCCUUCGCUGGAGCUUUGGCCAUCGAGGCGGUGCCAUAUCCAAGUUCCAAAGAUGUUCGAUUGAAAUUGGAAGUGUAUGCAGCUUUGGACUUGGUAGCAUUGGAGCGAAGAUGCCGCAAUAGAGGGCUGUGGACCAGCACUGGCCAGAUUCCACCUUCACGAUCCAUGCUGCUGCAAAGGCUUAGAGUCUUUGAGGAGUAUUGGCUCAGCCGAUCGACCACAAGCCAAGUGGAUGGUAGCACGACCAUGCCCGAAGAAGGCGACCCCGGCGAGCCUAAGAUCUCGGAUGACCUGGAUGGAACGCCCGUUGAUGCCUCCCUGGUGCGGAAGAGGGCGAGGAACCAGUCAGCUUCAGUGCCGAUGACUUCGAUUGAAGCUCCCAGAUGGUCUUGUUUGGAGACGCCUGUCCAUGAUGCGCCUGCGGCAGGCAACGAUGAAGAUCUGGAUGGUGAGCCAAUAGGCGUUUUGGAGCUUCAGCAAUGGCGCGCGGCCAAAGCUACCGCGGCCCCGGUUGCCAGUGCCGCGCGGAGUCCGCCUCUACCGGCCCCUGUGCCGGUGCCAAUGCCAGUUCCGAUCCCUGUUCCGCAGCCGAUGCCUGUGGCUGCUCCACCUGUGAUUGAUGCGGAUGCGUUCGAAAAAUCUGCCAUAGAUUCGAUAGACGCGCUCCUUUCUGCUUCACAGGCAGCAGUUGUUCAGGCCAGGCAGCCACCACCACCACCGACCGUAAAGCGUUUGGAGGCUUGUAGCACCGGAGCCAAAAGAGAUGAAAUGCCUUCUCGACGACCUGGACGGGGCUUUGAAUCUUCAAGAGAUCAAACAAAGGCUUCUCCAAGUCGAGGUCGCCGGACAGGACGAAGUAGGCGAAGCGGGAGCCGGAGCCGCAGCCGCAAUGGCAGAGGCAGAUCGCGACGAAGGCGCAGACGUGAUGCACCAGAGCCCUCCAACGCGACUACUGCCGCAACAGCUGCCGCCGCAGCAGCUGCGGCGGCUGCAGCUGCCAGUGCUGCAGCCUUCCUGUCGGCCAGGUCUCGGGCGGCAGCCGCCGUGCCAGCCGCCGUAGGGCCAAGCCGGCCGAAGGCGCCGAAGGCGCCGAAGGAGCAGCUCAAGGAGCGCAGCCCAGAACCAGAUGCUGAGUUGGAUGGCGAUCCCCUUAGUGACGAGGAGAGCCAUCGAAGCUUUGAAGAAGUCAAGGCGACGAAUGGAGAUACCUCUUUGGGCGGAGAAGACUUUGAUCAUGCGAUCCUGCAGUACCUGGUGGAGGUUGGCUACAGAGCAGGGCUGCUUGAUGGUGAUGUCCGCUUGAAGGUGCGAAACUUGGCAGGUGAGGAGCUGCAGCUGACAUUCCCUUCAACCGCUCCAGCACGGGAGCUACAGGAAGCAGUGCAUAGAGAGUGGAAGAUCCCGCUCUUGGCACAGCGCUUUGUCCUAAACGAUGAAGUGGUGCGCCUCGAGGGAGCUUUAGGUCGAGUGCUCCGGAUGCCUCAAGGUGGAGAUCUGGAGGUAGCUUUUUUGCGUAGCCAACUCCCAGAGGAAAUCCAGGAGUCCUUAGAUAGAAGGCUUCUCAACGCAGUGGCUGCAGGCCUGGGAAUGUGUCCUUGGGAUGCCGAAGCAGAUGGCCGGAAAGCGUUCGUGCGGUCACUUGCGGCACCUGUUUGUGGCUUUGGCGGCCAAGGUGAUUACAAAGACAUCUCUGAAGUCUUAGCUGAAGGAGCCACCUCGAGCCAGGACUCAAAAGUGCCCACGCCACUCUCGGUGGCAGUAGCUUUGAAGGACACAAAGGCGCAAGAGAUGCUCCUUGCUGCAGGCUUCAGAGAAGAUAUUGCCGAGAAACAGAUGGCGUUCGGCAGUCUUCGGCGAGCAUUUGCAUCGCAGAGUCUCUCUGGUGCAGUGUGGUGUUUGGCGCAAGGUGCAGAUGUGAACACCUGGUUGCGGCGAGGCGAUGGUGUGAGGGACACCUCAGGUGGCACUCCGCUGCAUGCCUGUUGCGCGCAGUUUUCACAGCCGGGUGCGAGCGCUGUGGUGACUCUCCUGUGCCGUUUGCGGGCCGAUGUCAAUGCUGGAGACAGCGAGGGUGAUUCGCCUUUGGCACAUGCCAGAUACUUCGGAGCGAAGGAGAUUGAAUCGGUGCUGCGGCGAUAUGGUGCCAAGCUGAAGGGUCCUUACUAUCAGCAGCUUUGCUUGAGAAUAGAUGUUCAGCUUUCGGAGGUGACGGCGGAGUUUCACGGCGGACCUGGUGCUUUGUACAGCGCCGAAAACGUGGCCGGCUCGCACGCAAAAGGUUCCUGGCAUUUCAUGGCCGAUGGGCUUGGAGCUUGGCCUCUGACCAUCGGGAGGUCCAAGCUGGAGCAGCUGGUGGAUCCGCUGCUGAGUCGGACCAAGGCACCCUGUGAGGCCUGCACCAAGGAUGCCGGGGUGAAGCCCAACGAGAUUGGUGAAAUCCUUUUGGUGGGUGGCAUGACACGCAUGCCCAAGGCCAGCCUACCUGACCCAUCGAAGGCGGUCAAUCCAGAUGAAGCUGUGGCCAUGGGAGCUGCGAUUCAGGGCGGCGUGCUGAAGGGAGAUGUCAAGGAUGUUUUGCUGCUAGACACCGCCUCGGGAUGUGCUCAGAAAGGCUCCAAGCAAAGCUUGGCUUGUGAUGCCAAGGAUGUCACACCUUUGUCGCUGGGUAUCGAGACCUUGGGCGGCGUGUUCACGACCAUUCCCACCAAGAAGUCUCAAGUCUUCUCCACGGCUGCUGACAAUCAAACACAGGUGGGCAUCAAGGUAUUCCAGGGUGAGCGUGAGAUGGCAGCAGACAAUCAGAUGCUUGGGCAGCAGGAGCCACAGCAUCUCGCAGCUAUCCGAUCAAGUUUGAUUGGCAUCAUUGGUAGGUUUUUGAGUUGA